UUCAGAUCUUGUAAAAUGUUCGAAACUCGACUAUUUUGUUGCGUAAAUAGGAGCCGCUCAUCCAGCCAUAUUUGCGGCGGAACAACCGGUGGAAGCGUAAUAUUUCGUUCGUCACCGGUGAGCAGUUGCUGCGGUAGCCAAGGGCGUUCUAGUCCAGAAACAAUGGAGCAUGAAAUGUACGGGGCGAAGUUUGAUGCUGCAACUAGUACAUAUAUGAUUUCAUCAUCGAUUAGGAACGGUGCGAUGCCCUUGGCGUAUGGUCCGAUCUGUCUAGGUCAGACACCUGAUGACCUGACUACCUACAUCACCAGAUUCCAGUGGGAUUUAGCCAAGUAUCCAACCAAACAAUCGCUGCGCAAUAUCGCUGACAUAAUUUCAAAGCAGGUUGGUCAAAUUGAUGCUGAUCUGAAAACUAAGUCAGCUGCAUAUAACAACCUGAAAGGAAACCUGCAGAACUUGGAGAAAAAGCAGACAGGAAGUUUGUUGACUCGCAAUUUAGCUGACCUUGUGAAAAGAGAACACUUCAUUUUGGACUCGGAGUACUUGACAACGUUGCUUGUGAUCGUGCCAAAACAAAUGAUUAACGAUUGGAACGUCAACUAUGAAAAAAUCACCGACAUGAUUGUACCACGUUCGUCACAGAUGAUCACCCAGGAUAAUGAUUACGCACUGUGCACGGUGACACUGUUUAAAAAGGUUGUCGAUGAAUUCAAGCUUCAUGCACGCGAGCGGAAAUUCGUGGUGCGUGAAUUUACCUAUAAUGAGGAGGAACUCGCAGCGGGUAAAAAUGAAAUAACGAAACUUGUGACCGACAAGAAAAAACAAUUCGGCCCCUUGGUCAGAUGGUUGAAGGUGAACUUUAGCGAAUGCUUCUGUGCUUGGAUACACGUUAAAGCACUUCGUGUUUUCGUGGAAUCAGUUUUGAGAUACGGGUUGCCAGUUAACUUUCAAGCUAUUCUGAUUCACCCGAACAAGAAAAACACCAAGCGUUUGCGGGACGUACUGAAUCAGCUGUAUGGCCAUUUGGAUGGAUCAGCAGCAUCCUCUGGUGGCAACGCCGAUAAUGUUGAUAUCCCCGGACUUGGGUUUGGACAGUCGGAGUACUAUCCGUACGUUUAUUACAAGUUGAAUAUCGACAUGGUCGAGAACAAGGUCUAACCGGUUUCGCAUGAGUGGAUUGAUUACAUCAAAUAUUCUUCGCCGUCGCUAUCCUGUUCCGUCAUAAUAAUCCGCUCAUUCUUAUCCUUUUGGCUGAAGCAGUACUUGAUAACACAGAUGUUAGAUAAAUCAUAUGGACAUGUAACACACCCUAGUUGUACCAAGAUGCAACUCCAAAUUUCUAUCGACUUUUUGUUGUAAUUUGUUUAACUGUUGAUUAUUUUAAAUAAUAUUGAUUUGUAAGAUAAGUAAAUUGCCGUUUAAUUAUUAGAAAGGGUUUUUCGAGCAUAUAAAACUCAAAGAAACAAGAUGUAGUGAUUGGAACUUUUAGUUUCAAAUGAUAACUGGUUUAAAAGAAUUUGAUUAAAGUACAUACAAGAGCUCAAAGCAUGAAACGGAUUAACUUUGUAACGUUCCUUGUUGGUUGAUUGCAUUAAAACUGUUGCAAAAGUAGUCCGGUUCAGAAUGUAACUUCAUUGUAUUUUUUAUGUGUUGAAAGUAAUAUAUUUUUUAAUUAUCAUAAAAAGACACGAACACGAUGUUGGAAAAAAUAAAUUUAUGCAAUGUUGAACAAUAAAAAUGCAUCCAUGAAUCGUCAUGUGUAUGUGUACUUCAAUGUAGAAAAACAGAACAACCAUUAUAUAAGACAUUCAGAAAAUUAUUUGUGUAAAUAAAAAUAAAUCAUUCCAUAAGCGAAUAUUUUG